ACCAAACUUCCUUCGCUGCAGAAAACAUCAUAAGACUGACGUUAGGGACCAAAUCCCACCGUUAGAUUUACAUACCAAGGUGGCUUUGACUUUUCUGUGUAUGCUACUGAGAUGUAACCUAGCAAAACCCAAUAUCUAUAUGGGAUUCAUCAAUUGGAUAAACUUGGGGAAGGCAGGUUAUCCGUGAAAAAAGCCACAGUUGCCUGUGCUCUGCUCUUCUCUGCAACUUGGUAGUGAAAUUCUUCUCAAGAGUUCUUUGAUCAGAUAAAAUGCAAGGAGGAAUUCGGACUCUCCUGUCACAUGGGAACUUCCUCAGGAAUGCAGUUCUGCAACAUAUCCGUUUGGUGAACCCAUCGGUCAUGCGGCCAGUUGUGUUUACACGCCAUGAGUCCGUUUCAGCUGCUCGUAUUGAAGAACAUGGUUUUGAAAGCACCACCAUUUUGGAUGUUUUGAAAGCCAAAGGGAAGAGUGCUGAUGGCUCCUGGCUUUGGUGUACUACGGAUGACACUGUUUAUGAUGCUGUGAAGUCGAUGACACAACACAAUGUAGGAGCCUUGGUGGUGGUAAAACCUGGGGAGCAAAAGUCAAUUGCUGGAAUCAUCACAGAGAGAGAUUAUCUCAGGAAAAUCAUAGUGCAGGGAAGAUCAUCCAAGUCAACUAAGGUUGGGGACAUCAUGACUGAAGAGAACAAGCUUAUCACAGUUAAACCUGACACCAAAGUUUUGAAAGCAAUGCAAUUAAUGACAGAUAACCGUAUCAGGCACAUUCCAGUGAUCGAUUCCAGUGGGAUGAUUGGCAUGGUGUCCAUUGGAGAUGUGGUUCGCGCUGUGGUUAGUGAGCAUCGGGAUGAGUUAAACCGCCUGAGCGCAUUUAUACAGGGUGGUUACUAGAUGAUGACGACAAUGACAAUAAGCUGUUUAGCUGUUUGGCUGUUGGAUACUUGCUCUAUGAGCACUAAGCUUAGCCUUGUAAAUGUAGUGUGCUGUUUGCAUCUCCUGCUAUGUGAUGCCGUGUGCCUCUAGAUAAAGCACUUGAACUGAGACGUUAAUAAUGAUCACUCUUAGCUUGAAACUUCUUGCACAGUUUUGCAGUACUUAGUCUAGAAUAACAUGGUUGGCAAUCCUGCCUGUAAUUGCCGAGGUAAUGGUGCUCCAGUGUUUAACUGCCUUCUUGAAGAUUCUAGCAAGUCUAGAAAUAUUAUAUCUAUAUUUAUAGCUGUACUAC